GCCACUCCUAUACGCGGUUGACAUUACGUCCAUCUCUUCUCGAGCUCACAGAAGCUUGCUACGAACAGCUCCGCCAUCCUCGACAUCAUCACCACGUUCAACUACGUCCCCACUCCCAUGCGUCUCCUUCAUGAGAUCUUCUCUGAUACCUACUCAAACCCGUUAUGCAGUUUGCGAGGCCAUCAAUACGAAUAUCUUACCUGCGGUCGAAUCCUUUGAGGACGAAGAGACACGCUACGUCGAUUGUACGGCGUCCGCGCCCGAGUUCGCGGUCACCAUUAACAGCGUCCAGUCCAGCGUGAGCGGGAAGGGCAACAACCUGCCCCCCGGUGCGGACGAGAAGGGCAAGCAGCUCUGCAUAUCCGGCACGCAGGACGGUGCGGAGGAGGAGGAUGGCGAGAUCUUCAUCCUGACGUGAUUGCGACGUUUAUCGUCGCUGCGAACACCAUUUUGGACACCGCGCGGAAACGGUACUCGGACUGCGGAGAGCCUUUUACUACCGCCCGUAUUUAUUACCAUGCAAGAACGUCAUCCCUUCGUGUCGUGCCUGCCUACAUCACUCCCGGACGACCUUUCAUCCCUAUGGAUACGUGCAUGGCCCUUUUGUUCCUGAGUUUAUAGUCCAGGUCAUCGCACUCCGGCAGAGGUCAGAGUAGCGGGGUCAUCAAAUGGGCAACACUCUUCAACCACUUGGCGGCGGCAUAAGCUGUUCUUUACACCGCUGCUCUUACUGUCCCAUAACACACUAUAUAUACAAAUCUUAUCUACGAGCACUCAUAAAUGGUCAAAAUAGCCACAUGCUCGUCUCUAACUCAGUAAACUGUUUAAAUUCA